AUGCGAGCGUCAGGUACCGGGUACCCACCAACAUUGACCUCGGUCAACCGCGAGCGCGCCCGCGCCUGCACCGGUAACUGCGCCCUCGACUGCGACCUCAAUCGGGACCUCAAUCGGGACCUCAACUCAUCACUCCUCAACGGGCCUGUGUAUCCGUACCUCACAGUCCAGCCUCAUGGCAUUGACACUGCAACCUCGACGGUCUGGAUAUACGUUCCCCAGGCGAAUCAUGCACGACAUCGAAGGCAGGACAGGCAAUGA